GUUUAUGACAGGCCACAAAAACAUUCUGCUCUGCACUAUGAUCCAGGCCUCCAACAAGACUUCACCGGUGACACCUUAAAAUCAAAGCACCAGCAGAAAAGUAGCAACCAGCACCAUCUUGACUGGUCGGCGAGCUCCGACACCGUAUCCGUUUCUCAAAGUUGCUUCAUCAACACAGAACCCAGUCGAGAAGCUGUCAGUGCCACCAAGGUCUCUGGUCCAGAGCCAGGAGUUUCCUUCAGCAAAUCCCAAGUAAAGAAGUCCUGUGUCAGCAGCACGUGGGGGCAGCUCUCAGCCAGUAGUAAAGAGCUUGCCAUUUGCAGUGCAGUCUCAUCACCCAACAACAUCAACGUGGUUGCCCAGCCCAGCAGCGCCUCUGAGUGCAAUGGGCUUUUGCCUCUCUGUGAUCAAGAGGGAGGUGUGCAGCUGGAGGCCCCUGAUCAGCCCCCCGGGAGUACAAAGAAGAAAUCCAGCAAAAAGGACUUGAUAAGUCAAACCAUCCAAACCGUGGACAUUGACUGGGUGAAGAGUGCUCCGAAAGCAUAUGACAGCAAAUCUCAUGACAGCAUGGAAGGGAAAAAAGAGUCUUACUCCAUGGAAAGUGUGUUGGAUACAUCACCUUCAAAGCAGAAUCCCAUUUCUGCUAGCAGUUGUGAAAGUGAUACCAGUCACGUGCGAAUUACUAUCCCGAUAAAGUCUCCAACAACAGAUACAUCUAGCCACAAAAGGAAAAAAAGGCAAUCCACAAAAUCUUCCAUAGAGAAAAUUAUCCAGGAGAAAAGCCUGCCUUCUGGACUUGCUAUGAGCAGUGAAGUAGCAAACAGGACUAUGUCUCAACCUGAGGGGAUUAAAAAAGAUAUUCGAGCCACAAAGCCAGGGAAAGUGAUUGAACAUGAGUCUCCCUUAGUAGGUAUUGACAGUGGUAUGCUCACUGACAAAGCUUCACCCAACAGUGCCACCAGACUCAGAAAAUCUGUAGCUGUGACAUCCACUCUCCUACCCACUGAUCUUCCCACAGCUGGCAAAUUAUCUGAGGUCCAGCACCCCAAACUUGCAGCUAAGCGGAGAUGGACCUGCAGCAAACCUAAGUCUAUCCUUCGGGAGACCUCCAUGACAACAUCUGAGAAGCUGAUGGUGGAGCCUCCUUCAGCUUAUCCCAUCACACCAUCCAGCCCUCUGUAUACCAAUACAGACAGUCUUACUGUGAUCACACCUGUCAAGAAAAAAAGAGGACGACCAAAGAAACAGCCUUUGCUCACUGUUGAAACCAUUCAUGAAGGAACCUCCACCAGCCCAGUCAGUCCAAUCAGUCGUGAAAUCUUGCCCUCCUGCUCCAGCAGCAUAGCUCUGAAAGCAAAAGUCCAGCCACCAUCUAGUGCUGGGCCAGCCACCAUUGAUGCCAGACUAGGAAAGCAGAUCAAUGUGAGCAAGAGGGGAACUAUCUACAUUGGUAAAAAACGGGGCAGGAAGCCAAGAGCAGAGCUGCAGCCUCAGUCAGAAGAACCUAAGACACCAUCGUCACCAGCAGCUAUUCAUCCACUUUCGACACAGUUAGUGGGGACUAACGGCAACCUUAGCCCUGCAAGCACUGAAACAAAUUUUUCAGAGUUAAAAACUAUGCCAAAUCUUCAACCUAUCAGUGCUCUUCCUACAAAAACCCAGAAAGGAAUGCACAGUGGAACUUGGAAGCUGUCUCCACCCAGGUUAAUGGCUAAUUCACCUUCCCACCUCUGUGAAAUAGGUUCUCUGAAAGAAGUCACACUGUCACCGGUGAGUGAGUCUCACAGCGAGGAAACCAUACCAAGCGACAGUGGAGGAAUAGGGACAGACAACAACAGCACUUCUGACCAAGCCGAGAAAAGCUCAGAAUCCCGCCGGAGAUAUUCCUUUGAUUUCUGCACCCUGGACAAUCCAGAGGCUAUCCCAUCUGACACCAGCACAAAGAACAGGCAUGGUCACCGGCAGAAGCAUCUCAUUGUGGAUAACUUCCUUUCUCAUGAAAGUAUAAAAAAGCCAAAGCACAAGAGGAAAAGGAAAAGCCUGCAGAACAGGGAUGACCUCCAGUUUCUAGCAGACCUUGAAGAACUCAUCAAUAAAUUUCAAGUGUUCAGGAUUUCCCAU